AUGGUACUGCUUAAAGAUGGAUAUGACGUUCCCGUUUACGGACUGGCAAACGGCAUGUUCUACUAUGUCCAUGUACCUGCUAUUGUUUGUCUUACGAUUCUGAUGGUCAACGUUGUAGCAAUUAACGUGUUCGCAAUGAUGUUCUUCAACAUCAACAUCUCCUUUGGCAAGUUUGAUGGCGGCUUGCUGCUGUGGGCGUUUGGUGUUCCAUUCGUUGGUGCUUUGAUUGCAGCCAUGCUUAAUCAGUUCGGACCAAUGGGCGUUGGUUGCAUUUUCGACGCUGUAAAUGGCCAGAUUGCAAAUUUGGUCCUGACUACGAUCCCAAUGCCAACAAUCAUGGCCAUCAACGUUCUGCUCUACAUCCUGACGUUCAUCAAGAUCCGUACUGAUGUGAGGGCCAUGAAGCAAAGCCUUGGCAAUAUGGCGUCAACAGCUGGUGGGCAUAUCAGGGCUGCCCGCAAAAUGUCUAUGUUCCUUGUGGCCUUUUUUGUCCAAUGGUUUUGCUUUGCUCUGUUCGGCGCCUGGUCAAUGUUUGUAGAUAAUCCAGCAGAUAUACCGGAAAUUCUCAACUUCAUCGGUGUAAUAUUUACCAACCUGGGGGGUGUAAUGAAUCUGAUUGUUUAUCUUCUGGUAUUUAAGAAAAAAAGGCCUAGGGCAAAAACAGAUAUGACGACCAACAAGGCUCCCAGAGUACUACGCCCGGCUUCUGCUCCGAGUACCAGCGACAUCAACAAUUCAUCUACUGAGGAGUACGCCUUUAACUAA